GCGUAGAACGUUCCCGGGAGCGCGCGCGACCCGGCAGGAACGAGGCGGUGUUGGAAGCGGUGCUUUGCAAAAAAAAUAUAUAUCCAGGAAAUUCAUAAGGAUCAGGUUAUCGCGAAAGGACUGCUCCCUCUCCACCUCGAGGAUGGGACGGAAACGCAAGGGCUCCGAAGCCCAGACUGGGGAGCCCACUGCUGCGGGGGCUGAUCUGGAACUGCGCUGGGAGUGGGAGACCGGAGGCAACCGGUGGCAGCAGUUUACGCCUGCGCAGAGUGAGGUCCUGAGCCAGGCAGCUCGAGCGGGGAAGGUUUCGGCAGACCUCGAGGAUGCCUGCGUGGACCUCCGCAGGAUGCUGCGCGAGGACAAACAGACUGGGGAGGAAACCCGCGUGGCCACCGCUGUCCGAGAGCAGGAUUCCUACUUUGUCUGGCAGUGGCAAGGGGAUCAAGAAGGCGACUGGGUUGCCUACCCGGCGGACACGUGCCUGGCCUUGCAGGCCGCCAGGAAUGGUCAGGGGGAGCCUACGAUCCACAUGACCGUCGGCCGGACACGCUACAAGCUAGACACGACCCGCAUGGUGCAGAUCAACAGCCGGACUGGCUUCGAGCGCCAGAUGGAAAUCAGAGAGUCAGAUGCUGCAGAGGCUGAGGAGGAAGGAUCCCAGCGGGGUGACAGUGUCUUGAGUGCGGAAGCUGCUGUUCCUACGAAGAAGAUUCGAAGCAGAGUCGAUGCCCCAGUGCCUCAGGGAGACGGGGAUAGCACAGAGACUGUGAAGACGCUGAUCGUGAAAGGGAAGGUACCUGUGGACCCAGAAUGCACUGCUAAGCUGGGAAAGGCUCAUGUUUAUUGUGAAGGAGAUGACAUUUAUGAUGUGAUGCUGAAUCAGACGAACUUGCAGUUCAACAACAACAAGUACUAUCUCAUCCAGUUGCUCGAGGAUGAUGGAGCACCAAACUACAGCGUAUGGAUGCGCUGGGGGCGCGUGGGUAAGCCCGGUCAGCAUUCACUCGUGGUUUGUGCUGGAGAUUUGGCUAAAGCCAAAGAUGUCUUCACCAAAAAGUUCCUGGAUAAAACCAAGAAUGAGUGGCUGAAGCGUGCUAACUUCCAAAAGGUCCCAGGGAAAUACGAUAUCCUUCAUCUGGACUACGAAGCCAAUGACGCAGGCAAGGAAGAAGGUGCGUCCCAGAAGGCAGUCUGUUCCAAGCGGGUGUCACUGCUGGAGCCUCAGGUGCAGGCCUUGGUGGAGCUGAUCUGCAGUAUUCGCACCAUGGAAGAGAUGGUGAUGGAGAUGAAGUACGAUACCAAGAAGGCCCCUUUAGGGAAGCUGACGGCCGAACAGAUCCGCGCCGGCUACCAGUCUCUGCAAAAGGUGGAGGCGUGUCUCAAGCAGAAGCAGACGGGCCGCCCCUUGGUAGACGCUUGCAAUGAAUUCUACACUCGGAUCCCCCACGAUUUUGGGCUGAAAACUCCCCCACUGAUCAACACGGAUCAGGCGUUGCGAGAGAAGACGCAGCUGCUAGAGGCCCUCAGCGAGAUUCGCAUUGGGAUCAAAGCAGUGCAGUCAGAACAGCUGGACCAGGAACAUCCACUUGACCGGAGCUACCGUGGGCUGGGCUGCGAGAUCCAACCCUUGGAAAAGGACAGUCCAGACUUCCAGGUCCUAGAACGCUACCUGUCGUCCACUCAUGCUCCCACUCACCGGGAUUACACAAUGACCCUGCUGGAAGUCUUCGUGUUGAACAAACAGAGUGCCAGUCCGGGCUCCGUCUUCCGCUCCGACCUGCCCAACAGGAUGCUGCUAUGGCACGGGUCCCGUCUGGGCAACUGGGCGGGGAUUCUGAGUCAGGGGUUGCGGGUGGCGCCGCCGGAGGCCCCCGUCACGGGAUACAUGUUUGGGAAAGGAAUCUAUUUUGCCGACAUGUCCUCCAAGAGCGCCAACUACUGCUUCGCGACCCGUGAGAAAGACGUCGGCCUGCUGUUGGUCUCGGAGGUGGCUCUGGGGGCGUGCAAUGAACUGCUGGAGGCGACUCCCGAGGCAGAGACUUUGCCGCCUGGCAAAAACAGUACCAAGGGGCUCGGCAAAUGGGCUCCAUCGCCCGCCAACAGCGUCACACUGCAUGGAGCAGUGGUUCCCAUGGGCCCUGCUGUGGAAACUGGGGCGGUGAACCCCCAUGGUUACACACUGAACUACAAUGAGUUCAUCGUCUAUGACCCUUGCCAGGUGCGGAUGAAAUACCUCCUCAAGGUGCGCUUCAAUUUUACACCGCUCUGGUGAAAAGGCGCAAGAAUGGAGGGGAUGACAACCGGUGGCUUUUUCCAUCCUGACCUCUCAAGUGCCUUCCAAGCUGAGAGAGACUCAGUCUUGGUCAACCACACUUAUCUUCCCAGUUUAAAAAAAUUGCUGACCCUUUAUUUAAAACUGGGUGGAAAAGCUAGCUUUUUAAGGGAGCUGCUACCGCUGUUCAUUCCAAGAAGACGAACGUCACUGUGCUGUGUUGGAAGGACACGUGAAGAAACCUGCCACACAAUCAAGGACUUCUGCUCCUUUUCGUAUUCAUCAUGUUGGAUCAAUUAUCUACUGUGGCGAAGACACACAAAAUAACUGCUAUCACUUUACUUUUCAGUAAAUGUGGGAGGAAAUUCCUCAUGUGGUCUCAA